GACUGGACUUCACUUUUCGCAUUCAGAGAUGACAGCUAGAAUAAUUUACUGAGACGCUAGCUUUGUCAUGUUGCAGAACUGCAAGGUGCUCAGAAGAUGCAACAGUGAUGCACCGCAUAAUACGAGCCUUCAGAUCUCUCGGAAGGUGGAAAACGCCGUAUCCUCGAAACAAACUCCAUUUUCCUCUCUACUACCGAAAAAUUGUAUUCCAUGCUGCUGCAUCCAUGCUACUAGCAAGUGGACUGAUGUGUGCAGGAAUCAUUGACCUAAUACUCCUGCUAGCCUUUGAAAAACCUCAUCUUACCACACAUAACUCUCUCGUCACUGUAAUGAUUCUGCACUGCAUAUCCUUCUAUCUGUCUGUGUUUGGAUUCAUUCACUCCUUUGAAGCAAGUCUCUUUACACUAACAAAACUUUCUACAGUAUCUGGAGGUCUGUCGCUGUUAUCUCUCCUACUGAGAAUCACUCAAGAACUGGUAUUAGCAGGGUUCUACCCAUCAGAAUAUGCCAUUUCCUAGCUAAUACAACAACGUACAUAUUUUUUGUA